UGGUUGUGAUGUUUUUUUUUUUUUUUUUAAUUUUAGAUCCAGUUUUAAAACUUGGAACCAGCAAUUUUGAAAGAAAAGUGUUGCCUGAUCCGAGGGAUGGAUCUUUAUACAUUUAUAAUCAAGCUAUGCAGGAUUUUAAGAAGAUGCAGUUUAGCAUUUCACAAUUGAUUUCUAAAGCUCCAGUGCGAGCUGGUGCUCUACUUUAUGCAGGUAAAAAGAUUGAUUCAUGGAUUGCUAUUAAUCCUAUAACUGGAGAAAAAUUGAAAGAUUUCAAUUUUGGAAAUACAGAAAAAAAGUGUCCUGCUCUUCAUAAAGAUACAUUUUUUAUUGGAAGAACAACUUAUGAAUUGUCUACUUAUGAUGUUGACUAUGGCGCUCAGUUGUGGAAUGUAUCUUAUAUAGAUUAUGCUGCUCACAGCUCUGCAUCAUUCGAUUUAGAGUAUGGUAUUACUCACUUUACUUCUUGUUCAAGUGGUAGGAUGCUGUCUGUGGGUAAAAGAAGAGGAGAUAUUAUGUGGUAUGGUGAUUAUGGUUCACCCAUUGUUGGCCUGUAUUUACUGGAACAUGGUAGUUUGCAGAGGAUUCCUUUUAAUAGCAUCUCUCUGGACACUCUGGAGCUCAUCACUGAAAUACAAUCAGCAUCACAUUGGGAUCUUCUAUUCUCAAAAUAUACAAAAGGAACACUCAUGAAUACUUUAUACAUUGGGGAGUUUAAUCGUAGUUACUAUGCUUUGACGUCCUUGGUUGACGAUAGACAAUCUAUUAUCAUUUUUGGAAAGAAUGAGCCACUUCUUCUUGAAGGACCCAACAGUACAGUUAUUAUUCCGGCAGUUGGUGCAAAUACAUCCUACCGUGAUCUUAGAAAUGAUUUGUUAGUGGGACACUACAGAAUUCCAGAAAAAGAUGUUUCAAAUUAUGCACCCUUACUUCAGAUUUCUGCUGAACACAAUAUUCCAACAUCUCCUUCAUCCAAUGAAGAAAACAGUCUUUUACCAACUAAAAAUUUCACUACGGCCCCCUACUGUAUGAUGGAUGGCUCUUUACCCUACUGUGAAAUUAAUAAUGAUUCUAAAAUAGUUAAAACUCCUGUUAGUAGAUAUCAAGACCAGUUCUGGCCUGUUAUCUUGUUGAUUAUCUUGGUAGUGCUGGGUGCUAUUAUUUUUGGUGUUUUGUACUCCAGGGCAAAAAAUGCACAGGCCAUUCUGCAGGAAUCUGGUUUGUCUAAUGAUCAUGUGGAGGUUGGUAAAAUAUCUUUUAAUCCUGAAGAUAUUCUUGGACACGGUUCUAAUGGAACAUUUGUUUACAAAGGCACAUUUGAAAAUCGUUCUGUAGCUGUCAAGCGGAUCCUUCCUGAUUAUUUUAAUUUUGCCAGCCGGGAAGUCGACAUUCUGAGGGAAUCAGAUGAGCAUCCCAAUGUUAUUCGAUACUUUUGCAUGGAGCAAGACAAGCAGUUUCGAUACAUUGCUUUAGAAUUAUGCCACGCUACUCUCUAUGACUACAUAGAAGAUGAAAAUUUUAAAUCAAUUAAAUUGGAUUCUAUUUCUCUUCUUCAACAAGCAACAUCUGGUAUUGCUCAUCUACAUUCUUUAGAUAUAGUGCACAGAGAUAUUAAACCCCACAAUGUUCUAAUUUCAAUGCCAAAUGCAAAUGGUGAAAUGAAAGCCUUGAUAUCAGAUUUUGGAAUGUGCAAGAAACUGGCCAAUGGUCAUUCUUUUUCUAAACGUUCUGGCAUAACCGGUACAGAAGGCUGGAUUGCUCCUGAAAUGCUUUUGGGUGAAAAAAGAGCCACAUCUGCAGUGGAUACAUUCUCUCUUGGGUUGGUGUUUUACUACGUGUUAACCAGUGGCAAACAUCCUUUUGGCCAUCCAGUCAGGAGACAAGGCAAUAUUCUAAAUGAAGAAUUUUCUCUUGAAGAUUUGGAUGAUGAAAAAAAUCCAGAAGCUUAUUAUCUCAUUGAACACAUGAUAAAGUAUGAUGCAUCUGAAAGGCCUUGUAUUGCAGCUGUAUUAAAACAUCCUUUGUUUUGGAAUGAAGAAAAAAGAUUAAACUUUUUUCAGGACACGAGCGAUCGUAUCGAAAAAGAACCUUCCGAAAGUUCCCUCGUAAGGAAGUUAGAGAAAUAUGGAUAUUAUAUCCUUGAUGGUGAUUGGAGAGACCACAUCACUCUUGAGUUACAGAAUGAUUUGAGAAAAUUUAGGACAUAUAAAGGGCAUUCAGUGCGAGAUUUAUUGAGAGCUAUGAGGAACAAAAAACACCAUUACCGGGAGUUACCAGAAGAGCUUCAGUCAUCACUUGGAGAAAUACCCAAUCAAUUUGUUACGUAUUUCACAUCUCGUUUUCCAAAGCUUCUCAUACAUUCCUACCUAGCCAUGCAGCUUUGCAAACAUGAGACUAUAUUUUCAAAAUAUUAUGAUCCUUCCAUUGACUUACUAUUUAUAGAUGAUUACAACAAAGCUAUUCCACCUUCUCCCUGGCAAUUGAAGAAAAUUGCUAGAGAAGCUGAGAAACAGGCUGCAAUCAAAAGUGACACAACACAUGAUUCCAGUGUUAAAGCACAUGAUGGAACCACGAUUCAUGAUAGUAGUGAUACAAUGGUCGUGUCGUGUGACACUAGGGCCACAUGGCAUGAUAUGAGUGUUACAGAACAUGAAAGUGUCAUGACUUGUGAUAUGGCGCCUGAUACUAGUGUCAUAAAAUGUGACACUGAAUUUCCAUUAUCUCUUGAAGAGAAAAAUUUUUCAUAUAUGAUUAAUGAUGGAGAGCAUAAUAACAAUGUUAUUUCUGUUAUAAUGAAUAACAAGAAGUCCACUGAUUUUAUAAAAGAUACUAAAAAAAAGAAACUUAAAAAGAAGCAUAAAACUCCUAACAAAGAAUGAAUGUUUCAUUACCUACUCUAGAAGUGCAAUUAAAUGUAAAUAGACAUUAAAUAAUUGGUGCAAUUGUAAAUAAACACUAUCAUUCACUCCACAAUAGAGCAAGGUGAUAACGCAGCAUAAAGGUGUUUUUAGAUGGGGGGUUUUUUUAAUAACGGUGCAUGGAUGUUAAGAAUUAUUUAAUGCACAGCAGAAUUUUUUAAGUUUUUUUAAAAUUCAAAUUGUGUUGUUUGAUAUUUGUGUAUGUGGAUUUUAUGUUUUUAAGUCAUUUUAUUUUCAUGUUGUGCACAAAAGUGUUAUGAGAUGCAUGUUAACAUGAACUUCACAUGCCUAUUAUAGUCUUAACUAUGAACUAUGGUUAUAAAUGUAGCUAUGGUUAUAAAUGCAAUGUCUAGUUGUAGUCAAGUGGCUAUGUGUUAGGCAGGACGGUUGGUAGAAUUAAGGUAGGCUUAGUGUUAAUAGUACAUAAUACAUAAGGUAAAGAAGUUGAGCGACAAAGCUGCAGAGCAUCAUCGAUUUAGUGCAAAUAGACUCAAAUGGUAAGAAAAGAACACCAAAAAUGUGUAUUUGUUUGUUAAGAACUUCCUACAUGCUGACUUGAGUAAAUAAUAUUGGGGGGGGGGGAAAGUCCCAUAAUGAUGUAAUCACACAAAUGCAUGUUUUAAUGACCUUAAUUUUUCAAAUUAAUGUCAUUAAGGUGUUUAUUUGUAUUAAAUAAAUAUCGCUCUACAACUUCGUAAUUAUUUUGUGUCUCAUAUCUUUUACCAUUUUCAAGAUAGUAAUGCUAACUUUAGAGUUUUCCUGCAGAUGUCAGUAUAAGCAGUUUUGUUUUGUAGCAUAUAGUCACUUUAAUACACCUAGACACCACUUUUAUAAGUGUAAAUGGACUCAGUCAUUGGAAAGUUAAAAAGGUGGCCACACACUUCAGCAUUAUGUUUGUUGCAUCUGUAUAUUUUGACACGUAAACACCACUUUUUGACAGUUGCUUUAUAUUAUUAUUCUCUGGUGGUUAUAUACUGUGGUACUAAUUUUUGAUAACUUGUCAUUAUAUGUUUUGAUUUAGCUGUAUAACUUUUAAAAUGCCUUUUGUCAUUAUUAAAAUUUUGAAAAAGUCCUUCGCUAUGCCUUUGACCGAUGAACAAUUUUGUGAUAAUGUAUGUUCUCACUGCAGCUGAAGACAUUAGUUAUUUUAAUAAAAGUAACCAGCAUGCAAUAGAACUAAAAAACAAUGAGAGACAAGUCAAGGUGCUAAAUUGAAUUUUUUUUUUUGAAAACUAAAUUUAUAUUAGUUUUGUUAUGUUUUAAAAUGAAUAAAUUUGUGCUUAAAUUUUAUCAUUUUGUUUUUGUGUAUUUAAAUAAUACUCUAUUUAAGAACAAUAUUUAAGUUUGGAUAUUUAUUUUAUGAAGGAUAACAAACAAGUUAAAUCAUCUUUGUAAUAAAAUUAUAUUUUGUCUUUUUGUUUGUUUUUAUACAAACAAAAAUGUCAUGAACUAUUUUUUAUACAAAAUAGAAUUGAACAAAUUAUAUUUCAAACAUCAGUAUUAGACUUGAUUAAAAUCAUUGUGAAAAUCUUUUUAUUUCUUGUUAAUUUUUAUUUUAGGGUCUUGUGAACAAAUAUAAGUUUAGUGUACUAAUGUGCUAUAUAAAUUCAGCUGAAAAAAGUUUAAUAUUAACAAAAACAUUUCAUUGUAGUUAUUUUAAAUUAUUUGAACUGUUACUCAUUUCAAUUGUUUAAUUUUUUUAUGACUUUAUUUUAUCAUUUAAGCAUUUUGUGUGUUACAAUAAGAAAGCAUUUAGAUAAAUACGUAAUUUGUGUAAUUAUUUAUAGUUUUGUUAUAACCUAUUUUCAUGUGGUGAAUUUCUUGUUUUAUUCUAUAUAAUGAUACAUAAUUAAACAUUUUGAUUAAUUUC